AUGUACCGCAACUGGACCAGCGACUGUCCCUGUCGUCUCUGCGGAACAUCCUCCGUGACAGGACUGCGCCAGAUCAUCUGCGACACUGGACCGAUGCACCACCUGCCCAUCUACAAAAUUCCACCUCAUAUUGAGUUUAUUGAAAUUCGAGGAACAAAGGAACGUCAGAACAACCUAACACUGGGACCGCUCUUCUAUCGGUUCCCUGAACUGAAAGUACUUCGCGUUCUGCACAGCAAUGUUCCCGCUAUUGGCCAAGCGACGUUUCAAUAUAGAACUAGUCUGACCGAACUUGACCUUAGCUACAAUGUCAUUGAAAAUCUCAUCGACGCCAGUUUUAAAGGAUUGAGAAAGCUGGAGGCUUUAAAUUUGAGUAGCAAUUUUUUAACUGACUUAACCUCGGCACCUUUUCAGCAUCUGAUCAGUCUUCGUCAUCUUAACCUAUCGCACAAUCGCAUUCGAACAAUCACCACUCGUCUUUUCUACAACCUAACCAUUCUCGAGUCACUGGACCUAAGUGACAAUCCCAUUUCGGAGAUCACUCCUCAGAACACCAUCGACUUGCGGCCACUUCGCCGCCUGCACAUGUCUAACUGUCGUCUUAGCGAGCUUCACUCUCUCUUCUACCGCAAUGUGCCCAAUCUGGAGCUGCUUGACUUGCGCAACAAUCACAUUGAGUCGCUGCACAAGCAGGAGUAUCGCUAUCUGCCCAACCUGACUGAGCUGUACCUGGAUGGCAACCAGCUGGUCGUCCUUCCCUCGAUGCUCUUCUUCGGCAACCACCUAGCCCGUCUGGGUCUGUCCGCCAAUGCUCUCGUGCAGAUGCAUUCUGAAACCUUUCUCAACGCCACUGUCACUGAGCUGAAUCUGUCAAACAACAACUUUACAGCCUUUGACGGGAACACCUUCACUCCCGUCACCCAUCGAGACUCCACCAACACCAACGUCUCUAAUGGCUACUCCAAGCCGACGGCCACCAUUCUACGACGCCCCAAGAAGCAGUCCUCCAGUGUGAGCACAACGUCCAGCAAAGAGCACGGUGCUAGAGGGGUCUCCUACGAGGAAGACCUGAUGAUGGACACUGGCAGCAACAGUGGCAGCCACUACGAGCGGCCACCAAGCUCCAAGUACCGAAUUCUGAAGCCUAAAAACUCCAGCUCCCGAUCGGACAAUGAGGGAGAGGAGGCAAGGGCCGGCGGUAAGGAGAAAAAGAAGUCGUCCAUAAAGAGACCAGUUCCGCCGCCGUUGCCGCCAAUGGCGCCCCGAGGUGCCAAGCCAACGACGGCGCCCACAAAAAAGGUCUUCCUCGCGACGAACACCACCGCCUCCUCAAAACGGUCGCCCUCCAACGCCACCAUCUCCUACACUGACUCCUCCAGUGAGGAGGAAGAGGACUCCACCAAGUCGACUGAAUCAGUGGCCAGCGGAAAGGCGACUCUCACUCAGUCAGACUCAGAUUCGGAAACGCAUGAACACCAACGUGAAUCAUCGCGGCCAAGCUCGUUGCCUUCUACGCUGCAGCCACAUGACGACCACUCCGCCGAGGCUGAGAACAUCGAGGGUGAUGAGG